ACCCGAGAAGCCCCCCCAACUACCGCCACCCAUUUUUCCGGCCGGAAAUCCGGCAAAGCUUGGGGAUUUCUCCUUAUUUUCUUGUCUUAGAACACCUAGUAAACCCAGAAAUUCCCCCUCUUUGCUGGAAAUUCCAGAUCUGCGCUGUCUUCUUCCCUUUGUCCGUCGGCCUCUGCUUGUGUGGGUGUGAAUUCUCGGCUUUUCUGAAUUUCCCCCAAAUUGCCGCCGGCCUCUUCCCCCUGCCAUGUCCGGUUCUGCAGCUGGAAAAUUUCUGGUUUUGAUCGUUCUGUCACCGUAGCACUUGGGUUAGCCUUCUGUUCUGUGCGAGUAAGGUAAGUAAAUUAUGCACAUGUCGGCACAUGUCGAUAUGUUAUUGAUAGAACCGGUUCGUUCCUGUAACCCUACUAGUGGGGGUUAAACACUAGUAAUUCCUGUAGCCUGCCAGUGGGAGGUUUAAACACUGGCCGUGACCAAUAGAGGAGACGUCUAUUUCAUGCCCGUAUUGUAUCUGUUUUCGUGAUUACACUUGUUGGCAUGCUAUGAGUUCAAUUAACGGUUUGUCAUGAAACGUUUUGUUAUUGAACUGAAUCUGAUUUUGCAUUGACGGUUUUGUCAUUGAACGUUUUGCUAUUGAACCGAAUUUGAUUUCCGCAUUAAUGGUUUAUCAAUGAAAGUUCUGUUAUACUUACAUGGUUUAUCUGGCAUGCUUAAAAGUUUUACCCAAGGGCUAUCCAUAUUUACUUACUGAGUUAUCUCAUAGUUUUCCUUGUCCACCAUUUCAGGAAGCGAUACCGAGGACGGGAAAACCGAGGGGAGUGACGAGUUAGAAGGCUAGCCAUCGUGUAAAUUGAAUAUGGACUUUAGAUAUAAAUGAUGAUCUUGUAAGUGAGAUUUUAAUUGGAGAUUUUAAAUUCAUUUAGUGGAUUGCAACACGCCACUUCGGUGGAGUGGGGAACAAUGAGCUGCUACUUAGGGGACUUAUGAGAUGUGGGUGAGAAGGUUUGGAGUGGAAUUGGUGAUCGGAGUUGGUGAAGGAUGGAGGAUGGUGGGGGAUGAGCUAAGGUUUCCAAACAAGAAGAAAAAUGGGGGAAUUGGGGAGCUUAUACUCUUGAAACCCGCACCCCCCUUUUUUUAAAAAAAAAACUCCACCCCCUUAAGUUUGAAAUUUGUGACCAUUAGGCCUUAUAGAAGAUAGUUUCUCCCACAAAAGUCCCUAACUUAAAUUCUAAGGUCUUAGAAAAUUUUGGGAUAUUACAGUAUAUGACAUCAUAUUCCCUGCACAUCAUCCACAAGACUCAAGUAUCUAGUUCCACAACCAUUUUUGUUGCUCAAAUAAAGUAUACAUGACCAG